AUGAUAGAUCGAGUGAUACAUGAACAAAAUGCCUCUGAUGAUAUUGAAGAAAACUUUCACCCAGCUACACCAGUUAUAAAUGCAUCUACGAGUAUAACAACUUCACAAAUAACUCCUGUGGAAAAUCAAGAUCCUCGCGUUGUCAUAGAAAGGAUAGAAAGCCUUUAUUUCAUUCCAGAAAGUAUUUUUCCAAAUAAUGAUGAAGACCUGAUAAAAUCUUUAGAAAAUGAAAGAAACGUGGUCCAAAAAGACGUGGUCCAGAAGGACAUUGAAAAUUCAGUAGCUAAUCUUGACACUUUUCUGCCUGCUGAUGAUUUGGGUAGUAUUAAAGAUGGUGAUGCUAAUAAAGCAAUUAUUAUUGCCUCUAAUAAAAUUUCUACGUGUAAUAUUUUAUCAUCUGAUUCAAGAUCUUUCUGCCUUGAUGAAAAUAUUAACGAAAGCUUCUUUGUUGACGAAGAUAUAACUAGCACUAGCACGAAAAAACCAAGAAGCAAUUUCGUUCAUCAAACCGCUGAGACUGAAUUAUUGAAAUCUAAAAAUCAGACCAGUGGAUCUGAAGCUGAAGGAGAAGCUGAAGGAGAAGCUGAAGGAGAAGCUGAAGGAGAAGCUGAAGAAAAACCUGAAGAAGAACCUAAAGAAGAAGCAAGAAGUAUGAAACGGAGAAGAACCAAAGACCCUCAGAGAUGGAAAAGGCAAAUAAUGAAAAAAAAAGUGCAAUCGGGAGAAGAGCACAGAACAAAAUCAGGACGAAUUAUAAAAAAGAAAGUUAUGAAGGAAGCAUGUAAAUGUAGGAAACACUGUUCCGAAUCAUUAAACGACGAAAAGAGGAAACAAAUUUUUGAUAAGUUUUGGUCAAUGUCGGAUUAUAGCAGGCAGUCAGGGUUUCUGGGAAGUUAUGUGAUGACCGCCUUAAAAAAAAAGGAUGCUUCAGUGACUGGCACCGUAACACCUGAUAAAAGAGGUACGCACUCAUCUCGACCAUUCGUUAUUUCAGAAUUUGUUAAAAAAAGCAUCAGAGAUCACAUAAACUUGUUCCCCAGAGUGCCAUCUCAUUACUGCAGAGAAAACACAUCCAAGGAGUACCUGGAAGAUGGUCUAAGCAUUGCAAAAAUGUACCGUCUCUAUAGAGAUUGGUGCUCUGAGAAAAAAAUAAAUUUAGUGGCAUCUGAAAGGCAAUACAGAGACCUCAUGAAUGAUGAGUUUAAUAUAGGGUUUUUUCAGCCAAAAAAAGAUAGAUGUGAGACCUGCGUUGAUUUUGAGUUGAAGGUUUUAAAGACUCCUGACUUAAUAAACUCUUAUCAGAAACAUUUGGAUAGAAAAAAGAGAUCAAGAGAAUUGAAAGAAGCCGACAAGCUCAGAGCCGCCGACAAGAACGAAAAGUUUUCUGUGUGCUGUUUUGAUUUGCAAAAAGUUAUUCAGAUUCCUCAGUCAAACACCUCUGUAUUUUAUUACAAGCUAAAGCUCUCAACUUUUAAUUUAAGUAUAUUUGAUAUGGCUACAAAGGAAGGAUUCUGCUUCAUCUGGCAUGAGCAGAUUGCUAAAAGAGGAGCAAACGAAAUAAGUAGUUGUGUGUAUCGAUUUUUAAUGGAGAAGGCCAAUGGGGGUUAUAAAGAAGUGACUUUAUAUUCCGAUAAUUGCAUCGGUCAAAAUAAGAAUAGGAUGAUAGUUUCAAUGAUAGUUAUAAUAUAUUAUAUAUAUUAUAUAUUUCAAAAAAAUACAACAUCUCAAUAUGCCAUAGGUUUCUUGAGCCCGGCCACACACAAAACGCAUUCAUGCUUUAAUAGAAAGAAAGAAAAGAGAGAUGGAUUUAUUCACACCUGA